AUGAAAGUGUCUUGCCUUUAUUGUGUAUCCCUCUGCCUUGCAUUUUGCGAGGGCUUAACACUUCAAUCAAGUGUGGUUUUAAGGAAGAAAAGAAAUUCAACGAGUGACAACUCAUUAGAAAACAAAGACUUGAAUGAAAAAGUUAUCUUAACAUCCUGUCCACGUCAGUUUGGAAAAGAAGGGAUAUUCAAUAUUAGCCUUCCGGGUCUCGAUCCGUUUCCCGUUCUGUGCGAUGCUAAAAUUGCGGGACCAGGUUGGACAGUAAUUGCCAGUCGAUCAAAUGCGAACCUGAAUUUCUUCAGGAACUGGGCGGACUACAAAAAAGGUUUCGGAGACCUCUCCGGUGACUUCUUUAUAGGACUCGAUAACCUCCAUUCUAUAACUAAGUCCCAAACCCAUGAAUUGUAUAUUCAUUGGGAGGAUUUCGAUGGGGUCACUCGUUUCGCUCAAUAUGACGAUUUUUACAUUGAAAAUGAAAAUAUGUUAUAUCAAAUGACGAAACUAGGAACCUAUACUGGAGAUGCCGAAGAUUCAUUAUCUUAUCACAAGGGUCAAAAAUUCUCGACUUAUGAUAAAGAUAACGAUUUAUUUUCAGACACAAGUUGUGCUCUUGUAUACCUAGGUGGUUGGUGGUAUAAGGACUGUGCUUCAAGCAAUUUGUUUGGAAGCUAUUUGGAAGGGCAAUAUGACAGCUCUAUGAAAACGAAACGGAUGUUUUGGCAUAAUGAAUUUCUUAAAACGAUAAAAAUGAUGGUGCGACCCAAAUGCGGAUGUUAA